AUGAAGGUUUCUGGUAUUUUAUCAACUGCUACUUUAUUAUCAAUAGCUUCAGCUACUUUUGGUAAAGGUUGGGGAGGUAAUGAUAUUGAUUGUGAUACUACUACUACUACACCACAAUAUAAAUUUCCAACUACUGAUUGUGAUACUACUACUACUACUGGUAAAACACAUAAUAAAUUUCCAACAACUGAUUGUGAUACUACUACUACAAGCAAAACACAUAAUAAAUUCCCAACAACUGAUUGUGAUACUACUACUUUUAGUAAAACUCAUCAAAAACCACCAACUACUGAUUGUGAUACUACCACAUAUAGUAAAACACAUCAUAAACCACCAACUACUGAUUGGGAUACUACUUCAAUUUUACCAAGUUCUUCAUCAAGUUCAACUCCAUUAACUACUUCAUCAUUUGUUCCACCAAUCCCAUCAAGUUCCUCAUCUAGUUCAACACCAUUAACUACUUCAUCAUAUGUUCCACCUGUUUCAUCAAGUUCUUUAUCAAGUUCAACUCCAUUAACUACUUCAUCAUUUGUUCCACCAAUCCCAUCAAGUUCUUCAUCAACUUCAACUCCAUUAACUACAACUACUUCAUCAUCUAUUCCACCUCCUUUAUCAAGUUCUUCAUCAAUUUCAACUCCAAAACAAUCAUCAGCUACUACAACAACUGAUAUUCAAACAACUUAUGUUACAAUUACAUCUUGUUCUGAAAAUAAAUGUUCAGAAAUCACUCAUACUACGGGAAUUACAACUGUGACGUCAGAUACGACUGUUUUUACAACUUAUUGUCCUUUAACUUCAACUUCAUCAACAAAAGUUUCAUCAAGUUCAUCUGUUGAAGUUCCACCAUCAUCAAGUUCAUCAAUUGAAGUUCCACCAUCAUCAAGCUCAUCAAUUGAAGUUCCAUCAAGUUCAUCAAUUUAUGUUCCACCAUCAUCAAGUUCAUCUGUCGAAGUUCCACCAUCAUCAAGUUCAUCUGUCGAAAUUCCACCAUCAUCAAGCUCAUCAAUUUACACUCCAUCAAGCUCAUUCUCAUCAGUUGUAAUUUCAUCUACUUCAGCUUCAUCUGUUGAAAUUCCAUCUAGUUCUGCUUCAUCAGUUGAAAUUCCAUCUAGUUCUGCUUCAUCAGUUGAAAUUCCAUCAAGCUCAGCUCCUUCUGUUGAAAUUCCAUCAAGUUCAGCUUCAUCAGUUGAAAUUCCAUCAAGCUCAGCUUCAUCUGUUGAAAUUCCAUCAAGCUCAGCUUCAUCUGUUGAAAUUCCAUCAAGUUCUGCUUCAUCUGUUGAAAUCCCAUCCACUUCUGCUUCAUCUGUUGAAAUUCCAUCAAGCUCAGCAUCAUCAGUUGAAAUUCCAUCAUCAAGUAUUUUACCUUCAAGUGUAACUUCAUCUUCAUCAACUAAAAGCCAUGGUAAACCAAGUUCAAGUUCAAGCUCAACUAUUUCUAGUUCAUUUGUAUCUUUAACAACUAUUACUGAAGGUUCAACAACUUAUACAACAGUGUGUCCAGAGACUACACCAACUGAAUCAGCUUCUAUUCCAGUUUCAAGUGUUCCAGAAAGUUCAACAGAAGAUGUCUCAACUUCAAUUUUACCAACUGAAUCAUCAUCAUCAUCAGUUUCAAUUCCAGAAAUCAGUAAAACUGUAAUUACAACCACUGGUGAAGGCUCAACAGUAUCAACAAUAACAACGGGAUUAACAACAAUUACUGAAGGAACUACAAUUUAUACCACCUAUUGUGAAUUGACUGAAUCAUCAUCAUCUUCAACUCCUGCUGCUCCAUCAUCAGAAGUCAUUAAAGUUACUGCAAGUAGUCUGGAAGUAUUUACAACUACUGCUACUGGGGAAAUACUCAUUACUACUAUUGGUGCUAAAGGAGUUUCAUCAUCUUAUAUUGUUUCAAGUGGAGAAAUCAUUACUACAACAAUUACUAGUGGUCAAGUUUAUGAAAGUACUAUUCCAGUUAAAACUUCAGAAGUCGAAUCAACAACUUCAAUUGCUGCUGAAACUGAAAAAGUUGUUCCAACUUCAAGUGCUGCUGAAACUAAAAAAGUUGCUCCUACUCCAGGUUCAUCUAGUGAAGCUGAAGAAACCACUGUCACUACUAAUAUAACUCAAGAAACUGUUGCACCUAAGAAAUCAAUUGAAGCUGUUUCAGUUGCUCCUCAAGAAACUUCACCAGUUGCACCAAAAUCUACAAGUAUUUUAGUUUCAUCAUCAUCUGACAUUGCUACUCAUGCCAUUUCUACAUAUGAAGCUUCAGGUGUUUCAAAUAAACAACCAAUCGUUGCAUUAGCUGUUAUUGCAUUGGCUUAUUUCUUUUAG